UCUGGUGAGUCUGAUCUCACCCGCCCCCCUUUUAAAGUUCAGGGUUCACAAACCACGAACCACAAACCACCCGUUGGCCUGACUAAGCUCAAAUACCUGUGUGCACAGGGCUUCCGCCUGUCACUUCCUAUUGGUCCAAGCGAUGGCAACCCCACCGAGCACACCAAGAAAAGCCACACCAAAAAAGAACCCCGCCAUCAGUACGUACCUCAGCACUCGGUUGUGUGCUGUACAAUACGGUUAGUACGAGUACCUAUCCACGAGUACCUCCGAAUAAUAUCCUCCGACCCCCCGACCGGUUCCCAUAUUCACCCCCACGAAUCUAUCACUCAUACUACCCCAAUUGUCCAAUUUGGAACUUGGUGUGGCAUAAUUAUGCGCAAGAAUUGAUAAGGCCCUUCACAAAUUCCACGCCCUCUCCCGAAAUGGCCAACCCAACGGCAACCCUCUCCUCUCUCCUGAAGAGUGCUACCAUUGAAGACGACGAAGAGGUCCUCAAGGCCGCGAAUGCUGAACUGAAGACGAACAAGAAAGAUUUCGACGCUCUACAUGUACGAGUGGUAGCUCUCCUCAGGCUCGACAGGUGGGAUGACGCCCUACGGUCCCUGGAUGACGGCGGAGAUAAAUUGGCAGAGCGAUGCAAACUCGAAAAGGCCUAUGCGCUCUACAAAUCUGGCAGGCUAGACGAAGCAGAAGAAGUGGCAAAGAAUGGUGGCAGUCGAGGGUUAACGCACGUUGCCGCACAGGUUGCAUACCGAGCGGAGAGAUUCGAGGAUGCCGCAGAGAUAUACAAACACUUGAGUGCGGAGGAGGCACCGAUCGAUGGAGAGGAUACCGACUUGAGAAUCAAUAGUGCAGCUACGGAUGCGCAGUUAGAGUGGCAAGGUAAUGGUGACAAGGUCGAACCAAGUCGGAAGAAGCCCAGUCGGGAAGAUCUCGAGGCCUUUGAGACGUCAUAUAAUGCUGCAUGUGGGUGCAUCGCUAGAGGGGAUUUGACUGCUGGAAGUGUGCUAUUGAAGCGAGCGCGAGACCUAUGCGAAGCCCAUGAAGAAUUGAGUGAUGAUGAGAAGAGGGCAGAGGUUUUACCAAUUAUGGUUCAACAGGCAUAUGUCUUUACAAAGAUGGGCAAGCUGGAUGAGGCAGAGGCUUUAGAGAGGAUGAUAAAUAUUGCCGAGUAUGUACCUAGAAAGGAGCUAUGCAACAAUCUGCUUACUAUCAUAGUGUCCCUGAACCACCUACCAAGAUCAUUGCCCAAAAUAACUCUUUCGCCGCCUCUACGAAGAAUGAUAAUCCAUAUCUGACUGAACGCUUAUUCAGUUCCGCUCCAACCCUGUCUCAUGGAGAGAAGCAUUUCAAGCAUCAAUCGGACAUAUUAAUCAGAAAUCGAUACGCAAUUGAUCUUCAAUCAUUAAAAUAUUCUGGUGUAGCUUACACCUCAGCAUCAAUUAUUUCCAAAUCCGAAUCACCAAAGACGUCUCCUUUUAUAUGUAACUUUGGAGUUCUUGGUGCAGCAGCUGCUGCAAAGUGUGAAACCGGAAAAGCUGGCUUGAAGCAGAUUCUACCACUUCUAGAGAAACGUCCCAAUGAUGUUGGCCUGCUUCUGGUCAUCAUUCAGCUAUAUGUUUUGAGAAAUAACCCGGGUCCAGCCACGGAACUACUAGAAGCCUUCUUCAAGAGACUCGAAGAGUCCAAAUCGGAGACAGAUCUUGAUGCUCGAUUUGCACCAGGAUUGGUAGCCGUUGCUGUGUCACUUUACCGAAUGGCAGGCCGCAAAGGACCGGUAAGGGCUGAAUUGGGAAAAGCAGCUUCCUAUUGGAGAAGAAAAUCAAAAUCUUCCCCAACACUACUUUGGGCUGCUGGAACAGCAUUCCUUGAAUCCUCGGACCAACAAGAGUUGGAGAUUGCAAGAGAGAUGUUCUCAACACUCCGAACUAUGGAGCCAAACGACCGCGUGGCGAUUGCUGGUUAUGUUGCCUCAUAUGCAACCACUGAUCUCGCCAAGGUAUCCGACGACCUUGACAAACUAUCUCCGGUUUCCAAGCUUAUCUCUGGCAUUGACGCGGCUUCCCUGGAAGAAGCAGGAAUCCCAUCAUUGCCUCCUCCACCACCCGUGGCAAGCAAAAAACGCCCAGCCGACGCUUCCGCGCAAGAAAAAGACAAACCCGCCAAAGUGCGUAAGAUCCGAAAGAGUCGCAUGCCCAAGGACUUCGAGGAAGGCAAGAAAAUGGACCCGGAAAGAUGGUUACCAUUGAAAGACCGAAGUUCAUACCGACCCAAGGGCAAGAAAGGGAAGAAAAAGGCGAAUGAUUUGACGCAAGGGGGAGUGGUGAAGGAGGAGGGUGAGAGGUUGGAACUCGCGGGUGGGGCGGGGACUUUGAAGGUUGAGAAGAGUGUUGGGGGGGUGGGGAAGGGGAAGAAGAAGGGGAAGAAGUAG